AUGCGUAUAGAUAGUGAAGGGGUUUCUAUUAGAGCCAAGGUGGGUGUUCUAAAAGGGGGAAAAGCAGCAGCAGCAGCAAGGAGAUUAUCAAGAAAUCAAUGUGCAUUAGUGUUAACUAUGAAUAAUUUAGUUGGAAAGAUGUUUAUGCAUUUCUUCGUCAUAAUAAACUCUUUCUUGUACUCCUCCAUCAUAGUCUCCUCAAGCAAUGAUGCAGCCACCACCAAAGCCACGAUCGCCAUCACAAAACCUCCUAGGGUGGUCACUAAACUCAUUCACCGUGAUUCAAUUCACCCCCCAUAUUAUAAACCUGGUGCCACCACCUCGGAACGUGCUAGGUGGGCUACAGAAAGCUCGAUGGCACGCUUUACUUACCUAAAGGCAAGGAUGGAAAGCACUUUAAGCACCACUAAUGAUGUCCGAGGUGGUGUUAUUCCAAUUGAUGAUACUGGCAUUGGAUUCCUUGUAAAAUUCUCCAUUGGAGAGCUACCAGUUCCACAACUUGCGGUAAUGGACACCGGCAGCAGCCUGUCAUGGGUUCAAUGCCUCCCAUGCACCAAAUGCACAUUUCAAUUUGAGGAGUUUCAAUCUCGUUGCACUUAUCGCCUGGUAUACUUGGACAACGAUACCACAGAAGGUAACGUUGCCUUUGAAAAGCUUACAUUCAUGACAUCUGAUGAAGGCACAACAAGUGUUCCCAGCAUCUUGUUUGGCUGCGGACACUCAAAUAAUUUCAUAGCCGGCAAAUUAAGUGGAGUUAUGGGACUCGGCUAUCAUACUACAUCUUUGCCUUCUCGAUUGGGUUCUAAAUUCUCUUAUUGCACUGGCAAUGUAAACUAUCCUUAG